AUGUUCCGCCUCGCGACAGUUCCCACCCGCGGCCGCGGCGGCAGGCAACUCGCAGCCGGCCUCACCACGCCGCCGUCAACACGGGUUUCAGCACCGGCACCGGCACCAACAAUGACAACCACAAGGACGCUAAAGACAAAGGGCAAACUCCGCCCUGCCCCGGGGCUUGAAAGGAAAGCCUCAAAAGCGAACCAGAACAAGCCUUUGGAACUCGUCCUCGAGCCCCGGUCGCUCACCGAGUUCAAGAUACGGAUCCGCGAGAUUGAAAAACUGCACGUCACGGCGGAACGGGCUCACGAUAUCUACAUGAAGUACAUGAAGGCCCUCGCCCGGGACGACAAACCAAAAGACUGGCAAAAGAACUUCAUCAAAGAAAACAACUUCAUGGCAGCCGAGCUCCACGAAACGGCCGGCAUCCUCUUUGAGAUGCGCAACAGGACCGAGAGCGAGUUCAUCCUCCGGGCCAACAUGAUGGAGGCCUCCGCCGGCCUCGGCUUCGACGCCGCCGCCCUGACCCUCGGCCGCUGCCUCUGGCUAAAUAACCUCCGCAAAGGCGACUAUUACGACUGGGACCACCCGCGCUGGGAAAACGCCCGCAUACGGUGCCAGGCCCUCUUCGCCGAGGGCCGCGACGCAAACGCCAUGGUCCUCUCCGGCCUCCUCCACCUCAAGCGCAAGACGUCCCGCGACGACUACCUCGCCCUCGAGGCCUUUGCCCAGGCCCUCGAGCUCGGCAAGGACGCCGCCCACUUUGACUGGCUCGGCACCGCGCUCGAGGGCCAGGGCGACGCCUACCUGCGGCUGGGCGAGAAGGCGAAAGCAGAAGAAUCCUUUGUGGCGCUGGCCACUUUGGGCUACGCACGCGGGUAUCAUCGCCUAGCCAAGAUAUUCCCCGACGCGCCCGAGACCAUGGGGUUCCUGUGGAAGGCGGCCGCAGCAGGCAUUACGAGUUCGUACGAGCUCCUGGUGGAGUUGUGCGAGAAGAGGCGCAGGGAUUGCGUGGCGAAAGGCGAUAUGAGGUCCGCAGAGGACUACGAGCGUGACGCUACGGAGUGGACGCGGAUAUUAAAGGCGUCAAAGGCCCCUCGGUAA